AUUCUCUGUUCCACUGAUGUCAUACGGUUCGAUGCCUUCGAUUGGUGAAUCGAAGGUCCCUGCUAAUAAGCUUAUGUUAAUGAACCUUCCAUAAUUAUAAUGAGACAGAGGAAAGCAGAAAACUUGACCUGGUUGGCUUUCGGCCAACUGCAGCAGCAAGAAGCCCUCUUCAGUACAGCGACGUGUGUAAAUGCACAAAUGUACAGCCACAGUAUGGAAAUGUGGAGAUGAUGAAGCUUAGAAACAUAAAACCGCUGCUAUUACAGCAGUGGUCAACUCAAAGGACGCGGUCCUGUCCUUUUCGGAUGGUGCUAACUGGUCCCACGUACUUUGACUAAAGUCCCUUUCUUUUCCUGAUUGUACCCGUUCUUCGCGCGUGUAUAUAUAUAUAUAUAUAUAUAUAUAUAAUUGUUUCUCGCUACCAUGGUGGACCAAACCGACAGAUACAUGUGCCAAACGCGUCUGCAACUUUUUCUUACCAAAAUCCUCGGGUACCAACAUUUCGCCUUAGGCCAUCCUUUCAUGUCAGCGGAACGAGUUUCUUUGGUCCUGUGCGUCUUCGUAGCCACAGCUGCAGAAAUGAAGUGUGUUUCUGAUAUAUCUGCAUUAAACCGCGGAGUGACCAUGUCUCAAUGCCAACAUUCAUACCCUAACUUCGAGAAAGGAAGAAUGUUUUCAAAAAGAAGAAUUUCUCCACCAAAAUGGCUGACACUGUAUCUGAAGGAAUUCUCCUUGGGCUUGGAAAUCCUCUUCUUGACAUUACUGUUGUUUGCCCAGACAACACAUUACUCGAUAAAUAUGGUUUACUAGCUAACAAUGCUAUCAUAGCUACAGAUAUUCACCAUCCUCUGUAUGAGGAGAUGGUGAAAAAUUACAAACCGGAAUAUUUACCUGGAGGUGCCACCCUUAAUAGUGUGCGUGUAGCACAGUGGCUUCUGCAGAAACCAAAUGCUACCACAUUUUUUGGUGGUGUAGGCCAGGAUAAAUAUGCUGAGAUUUUGAAAAAGAAGUCUAUUGAUGUUGGUGUGAAUGUGUGCUAUCAAGUCCACAGUGAUGUUCAAACUGGUGUUUGUGGAGCAAUAAUAACUGGAGAAGACCGAUCACUUGUAACAGAAUUGGGGGCUGCCCAACACUUCUGUGUUGAUUUCUUGAAAAAACCUGAGAACUGGAAGUUAGUAGAAGCUGCUCAGUGUUAUUAUGCUGGCGGGUUUAUUCUCCCUGUUAGUAAAGAAUCAGUUAUUGCCCUAGCACAUCAUAGUACUGAGAAUAAAAAGACUAUGGUUAUAAACUUGCAUGCGACUUUCCUCUGCAGUAUGUUUGCUGACCCCAAAAUAAAUAUCUUACCUUACGUAGAUAUUCUUUUUGGUAACAGUGAUGAAGCUGCUGAAUUUUGUUCUAUAAUGGGAUUCCCGAAUAAGGACUUGAAGCAAAUGGCGCUACAGGUGGCGGCAUUGCCAAAAGUUAAUUCAGAAAGAGAGCGCAUUGUUGUUUUUACCCAGGGCAGGGACCCCACUAUAGUAGCACAAGGAGGAAAAGUAUCUGAAUAUCCAGUGGAAUCUGUAGACCAUGAUCUUAUUAAAGAUACAAAUGGUUGUGGGGAUUCUUUUGUUGGUGGAUUCUUGUCCCAAUGGGUUCUUGGCCGCUCAGUACAGGAUUGUGUCAGGUGUGGUUUUUAUGCUGCCAAAGUUGUCAUUCAGCACUAUGGUUGCCAAUAUCCAGUGAAACCAAAUUUUGUUUAAACAUCCUCCUUCUUAUAAAAUUAUUGCUCUUUUGAGAUGGUCAGAAGCCCUCUGAGGCUUCUUUUUUAAAUUACUUAAGAAUUAAGGAUAAAAUUCGAAGAAGUGACUUUUUGUUUGUAUUUAUGAAACUAUUAUUGGAUAACUUGAUUUUUCCCUAUUUGUCUAGAUUUUGAGCAAAGCAUUAAAAGUUUCUCAUGCUUAUUUACUAAUUAUAAUGAUAUGGCAUGUUAAAUACCUCACAUACAUAUUGCUUUUGAUUUUAUAUAAUUAUAAGCAUCUUUAAUGUUUCUUAAAAUUAUAUGACUCUAAAAGACUUGAUAUGUGGUUAGCAUGAAAGUAAUAAAAUAGUGUCAUUUCUGUUGAGAUUUUUUUUCUUUUUCUUGGACAGUUGGUUGACAAGAGAAAAUAUGGAUUUAAAAAAAUUUAAUCUGUGUUCCAUACUUUAGAUUUUCAAUUGCGUGAUUUAUCAUUUGUAAGAAUAUACAUUUUCAAUUUAUAUACAAAUAACUGUUGUUUCAUUGAAUUUGAGUUUAUUGAAAUUCCAUCGCAGCUACAUAAGUUAGAGAUUAUGCACAUACUCAUGUUUCUGUUCAUCUGUUGAAAUUUAUUUUCCUUCCACUUAGAAAUUCCAUCUUAAAUUGAAUCUCAAUAUAUAUAUUUUUAAUUUCUCAAUUGUAGUACUUAAAUUCUUAUGGGUCCUUUAGAUAGAGCAAUUCUUAAAUGUAACUUUAGUAACUAUAUAUAUAUAUGGGAGAAUAUACAAAAAAUAACAACAGACGAGGACAGGUGGUGUAAAUAACAAAAGUAUAUAUUAGUAUGACGCUCGGGAAUACGGAAAGUCUUUGACGCUUAUAUAUAUAUAUAUAUAUAUAUAUAUAUAUAUAUAUAUUAUUAAUUUUCUAUAAAUGACAUAUAUUUUCAAUUAUUUACUUGUCUUGUGCAGUAGUUUAUAUUUGGUUGCAGCAUUUGCAGAGAUAAUUAUGAUAAUGUACUGCCCCUGAGUUGUUUAUAUUUCACUUAUUUGUUAAUUUAUUUUUUAAUUGCUAGAUAUGUAAAAUUUUAGAAAUUCAGAUUGCAUAUAAUUUAGAAAGUUAGUUUUACUUCUCAUUUUUAUUUCUUGAAAGAAUUCAUAGUACCAAUUCUUUAAAAGUUUUCCUAUUUGUGAUAGAUAAUAGAUAUCAGAAGGCUAAUGUUUGGCCAGGAUGUGGUGUACAUAGCCUAUUGAAUCAAUUCCAAUAAUGACUCUUAUAUAUUAUCAAUCUUACAAAAUUUGGGUCUCAAUGUUAACCCUGGCAGCAUUUGAACCUAGAACAUUGAAGUACCAUAGUGCACACAUAUAUUGACUGUUUCCCAUCAUUCUUACUUUCAUUUGAACCUAGAACAUUGCAAUGCUCUAUUUAUUGAAGUAUAUAUACAUGUAUUGGUUGUCUCUCAUCACACCCUUACAUUUAUUUCAUUCAUCAAAUAUAGAAAUCCUUUUUUCGUAUAAAAUAGUUGAUUGUUUACAACUGCUAAUUUCCAGUAUUAUUUGUUAGUGAUUAGAAAUUUUAAUUUAUUUUGAGCAUGAGAUUUUCCUUGGUUGCUUUUCUAUCUCAUCGUUCUGGUUAUAUUCAGUAUACAUGUAAUGUAUGUGUUAAGGAUGAUACAACACAUUCCUAAUUCAGUAGCACUAUAAAAUUGUGGAAUGCAAUCAAAUAGGAUAAAUACAUCUUGUAUUAUUAAAAGUUGGAUAUUCUUCUUGAAUGUGAAUAAGAGAAUAACUUUUUUUUUCCCCCUCCCUGUAAACUAAUCUUGUAGUUUAUAUACAGCUAGUUUCAAUAAAGUUGCUGGUUAGUACUUUUGUGGUUUUGAAAUCUAUUACCUCUUUAUGCUGUACUAAAGAUGCAAUGGGGUAGUUAAUAGAAUGUCCUUACUAAUCCACUAACUUCCUGUAAAUGUUGCAACAAAACAUAAGAAAUAUAGAAGAGGAAAUCAUUUUUGUCAAGUGUCUCCUCUGCUCUUAUUUCAUGCCUUCAUCUCAUUAAUAUUUAUGUAAUCAACAACUACACUGUUGCCAUGGCCAUCAAACCAGCUCUCCCUUAUUGUAAAAUAUUAAUCUAUUUUAAAUGGAUAUGAUCUGUUUGUGUGUGUGUGUGUGUAUAAAUAUUUUUGUUUCUUUUUAUGAAACUUUUUUCUGAAUAAAUCAUGAACUAACUUUGUGUGUGUGAGAUCAUUUGUGAGCUACACUGCUGCAAUGAAAUUGGUUAGCUGGAAUUUGUUGCAUAAAAGCCAUUUCCUGAUUUUGAGGUUACCUAUAUUUUGGAUAUUGGUAUUGAUUCUAAACAUUAAGGUUGAUAUUAGUAUUUGGGUCCUAUGAUUUUGUAGUAAGCUCAUUCACUGCCAGAACAGAGAGCCAGGAGUAAUGUGAUGUUGCUGAUUAUUUCUUCUUGGCAAAUAAGCCUAAAUUGCAUAAAAUCUUCAUUUUGUCUGUACACAGAAUACUUGCCAUUUCCAUUGUCAUUUUUGACUUGCUGUUAAAUGAAGUCUCAUCAAGCCAUUGCCAUAUUUUCUUCUCUAGUUGUAGGCCUACUUGUCCAUGCUGGCCUAUUACAAGUUGGUCAAAGUAGUCCAGUGGUCAGAUGAUUCACCUUCAUCAUUAGCACUUUGUGGCAAAAUUUGUACUCUGAGUACAGAGAUCCAGACCAAAUACCUCACCAUAUUCUAUGUGAUUUUCUGCUAAUUCACCUCAUGCUGCAGCUAGUAAUUGUAAUGGAGCCACUCUUUAUAUGAAAUUCACCCAUAAAAGUUGUAUUAGAAAAUCUUAUGUUAAUACAGUUAUAUCUUAGAAAGUGAAGUUAAAGAUGUUUUUUUGCAAAAAUCAAGCAGUGUUAGACUCAAUUUUUGCAUGAUAUAUUAAAUAGCACAUACACACACACUAAAAUUUAGUAUAUAUUCUUUGUACAUUUUCCCUGAUAUUAUUGUCUUUUGUUUACCAUAUGCCUCAAUUGAUUGUAUAUAUAUAUGAUGGAUUUACUGAUAGGUUACACUAGGUGCAAGUUGUUCUAAGAAAACUUGCAGAAAAUUUAGUUAUGAGAUAAAAUUUAGAAGACAGAGCAACAAGAACGAGAUGUAAAGUUUGAAAAUCAUAUUUCUGAAGCUGCAUUCCACUAUAGGACUUUAAAGUAUUUUAAUGGUCCAUGUACACAAAAGAUGGGAAGAAUGGGCAAUUUACAAGGUUUUAUCUUUAUCCUUGUACAUAAUUGAAUAAAAAAUUUCACACACAUACACAAAACCCUAUGGAAUGUCCAGAAUCCAAGCUCAAUAUCAACAUGCACUGUUUAGAAAAGCAUUUUUAGCUUUUUUUUUUUUUUUUUUUUGUGCAUACUUAAAAAAAAUAACAUGAUAAAAACUAAAUGAUGGUACAUCCCGGUGAUUACAGUUGUACAUUUUUAUAUUUAGUUUUAUUAUCAAUUAUUCAUAUAAUGGUAUUUUUAUGAACCAACUCGUAAACUUUGAUAUAGCAUAUGUUUCUUUCAUGUCUGUUAGUAAAUUCUAAUCUAAUUCAUUGAUAUUUAUACUAUUUCAUCCUUCUUCCAGCUUUAUGUGUAUGAUAUGGCUCUUGUAACUUCCUGUUUGGAAUAUUAACAUAGGGAAAAUAUCUUUCACUCCUUUUGUCAACAUUUUCUAAACUGAGUAUGCUAUUUGUGUGAUUUUUCAUGUGUUAGUCAUCAACAGAUUGAUGUUGUAUAGGGUUUGAAGUAACACUCCAGUCCAACACAGAUCGAGGUAAUCAUUUUCUUCAAUUUGUCUUCUACAGUUGUAUAAACCUUAUUACACUCUUCCCUCUACAAUAUACCUUCAUGCUUUUGUAAAAGCUUUUCUUUCAAUUUGGAGAAUGCUGUUAUUCUUAGAGAAAAAUAAUGUAUUUUCAAUUCAGUGAUAAUAAUACCCUGCGAAAAGGUUUGACUGUUGUGAAAAUAAUAAGAUCUGGGCUUGACUGUCAAUUUGGUUAAUGUGGUAAAGUUAUUUUUGCAGCCUUCAACAGAUAUUUGAAAUAUCUUUCAAUUACUUAAACCUUUUAUUGUUGUUGAAUUUAAGUGAAAAAGAAAAUAGCUAACUAAAUAUCUUUGUUAUUCAAUAUCACAAGUAUUUUUUAUAUAGAUCUAAGUGGUAUUCACCUGAAAUUAUUUUGUUUUAAAGUUAAACCUGUUAAGUUCUUUUCCAUAUAUCUUUCUGAAGUUUUCUUUUCAACUAGUUUCAUUUUGUUGAUUUUUUAUUUUUUUAUUUUUUGGAGUAAGUGACUUAGACUGAUUCAUCUUCUGAGUGGAUUAAAAUGGUAUCAAUAGAAUUAUUCCUUUCCUGCAUUUUAGAAGGGUUUUGUUCACUUCUUUUGUUUAGUUAUCUUGCAUUCAAAUGGAUCUAAUAUUGUGCCUCAAGUUUUCACAGUUUCUCCUUCAUCUCAAGCAACCUAUUAAGGUGCUAGUUCAAUAAUUAUUGACUUAGAUUUGUUGACUCUUUCAAAUGUUAUUGGUGAUAGGGCUUUGUUUCAACCAUUCAAUACCUCAGUAAGACUCUUCAAACUUUGCUGAAAAUACUUACAAGGUCUAUUUUUUUAAUUUAUUCCAUGGCAACAAAUCUAGUCAUGAUUAAUACUUCAAUUACAUCUUUGUUUUCCCCCCCUCUUUUAUAAUUGUAUAUUAUUAUUAUUGAUCUCUUUAGCAUUAAGAAAUUGCCUGAAAUUUUCUUUGAUUACAAGUUGCUUGUAAUAUGUAGUUAUGAAAAUGUAGGAUUCUUUUUACCACAUUUUAAUCACUUCAAUUACACAGCUUUAUAUCUAUUAUAAUUUUAUUUUAUGUGUGUCUCAUUUGAAUAAUAACUGAGAUGUAUAAUAUUUACCAACACUUCAAUAACUUUAAAAAAAUUACGUUUUUCAAGGGAAAUUUGUUUUACAAUUUUUUAAACAAAUUAUUAUGUCUUUAAAGCAUAUUCAGCAAAAAGUUUCUUUUGUUAUGAUUCUUUUUUUAAGCUGUUAAAUUGAUUUAUUGGUACUGUUUUUAACCUAAAUAACUGAAUGUGUCAGAACUAUCCUAAGUAGAUUAUCGUUUAACUUAUAAAGUAUUAUUUCUAAUUUAACAAAGUAAUCUGUUUUUACUUUGCAAAAAGCCCUAAAGACACAACUUUGAACCUUGAUAAAUAUUAGUUCAAUAAAUUUCAUCUGUUGGAAAUGUCCAUUUAUAAAUUAGAUAUUUUCUCUGAUGAUUUGAAAAACUUACUAUUAAGAACAGCAUUAGAGAAUACUAAUUAUUUGAAAAAAUUCAGUCUUUUUUCUUUCCAAAGAAGGAAGCAAAAAAAAAAAACAAAAACACAAAAAUACCUGAAAUGAAUGGAUGUCUUAAAAACACAAAUUUCAAUUGUUUGUGGAACCCUAAACUGUCCAGUCAGCAUUCACAGGGCGCCUUUACCAGAGAAAGAUUUCCUACUCUUCCCCUAUUUAAAUCUGCUAACAUUGUAGUAGGGAAAUUCAUGUUUGAGUCUGAAGUGGUAAAUCUAACAAUUUCAUGUAAGAUUUUCAAGUGUCUGGAAAUGUAUAAGAUAUAUUAAUUCUUAUAUUACAAGAUGGGAUAGUAUAAUUUUGACAUUAAGUUUAUAUUUUUAGCAUUUUGGAAAGGGGCUGGAAAAUAUUUGAAUUGUUGUCAUAUUAAAAAAAUUUCCUUAAUAAAUAUAUGUAGACAUUAAAAUACAUUUGAGUUCUUCAAUAAAACAUGUAGUGUAGUGUUUAUAACUUAACAUAAUUAUUCUGUAAUUGGUGAGGGGUAUAUUUGGUACAUACAGCAAGAUUAUAUGAAUUACAUUUUGUAAAGAAUUUCUCUUUGAAAUCUUUGAAUCUGUGUAAAUAUAAAGAAACAAGGCUUGGUUUCUGUAUUAAGCCCAUUAGAAACUCUAAUGUAUUAAAACUGAAGUUGCACUAAGAUCUGAGUUAUGGUAAAAAGGAAGGUCUCAAAUUGUAUGUGCUUGAAAUGUUUCACUUGAAUUUGCUGCAGAUAAUAAUAAUAUCUGACAGCUCUGUAUAUAGCACAAUGCUUUCAGAUUUUCUUGUCUGAGAUUUCAAGAAAGCUAUCCAUUGUACACCUGUCAAUUUCCUCCUGUUCCUGUGUCUUUAUUGUUUAAUUCAAUUCCAUUUUUAGGUUUAAUUUUACAACCAUUUUCAUUGUUUAUUGUAUAACAUUUUGAUCAUCAACCCACAAACAAAGCAGAUAAAACUUGUUCAAACACUUUCCUUUUUGGCUUUAGACAUAAGACUGCAGUUAGUUAUGAACUUGUAGUGAAAUAACUAAGGAUGUUAUGUUGUAAUAUUGGUUUUCCUAUCAUGUGAUGAUUCAGAAAUUACUAUUUUACUAAUGCACUGAUGACUAUAAAUAAAUUUUAGCAGUUUAUUCAAUUUUUAAAAAAUUUUGUUUUCUACAUUCCAGUAAUUCUCUUUGUUAAAAAAGAUAUGUACAAACUAUCGAACAAGAGAUCUUUCUUUUUGUUUUCAUAAUGUAUGUGUGUAUAUGUAUGUAUAUGCAUGUGUGUAUAUAUGUAUGUUAUGUGCAUGCAUUGUGUGUGUGUGUGUAUAUAUAUAUAUAUAUAUAUAUGUGUAUAUGAGAAAGAGAGAGUGAGUAUUGGACAAUGCUAAAGCAAGCAUGGUGUAAAUAUUCACAAACUAGUGCUCAGAUAAAUAAGAACUCAAAUUCCGACUCUUUUAUCCUGGACAGGUAUCUCUAGUGUAAAAAGUCAGUUAUAAGAACAAUCGUUGUGUAUGUAUGGAAGUAAAAAGGCAGAUAAACAUAAGUAAGCUUGAUGAGUAUAUUUACAUAGAAUACAAAACAAACAAAAGGAGUUAUGUAAUCUUGACAACUGUUUCAGGUGAAACAUGUCUUAUGCUAUAACCACCUCAUAAAAGACCAAUAGCAUUGUAGGUGUAUAGAAUAACACAAGUUCUUACAGAUCCAUAAGGUUGUCAUGACAUCUUCAUCAGAAGAAUGUGACUAAAAGCAUAUUUCACAGCAGUGUUUACAAAUAUAUAAUCUUAAAAUGGGGGUAGAGUGGAAAUGAGUGGGGGAGGGGCUAAAGGGAAAAUGAGAGAAAGGAGAGGUAACUAAAGUGGAAUUAGUACUAUGAAACAUCAGCUGGUGAUAACCAGAGAAAAGAAAAGUAAAGUACAUUUAUAAGGGCAAGGAUGUGACCAGCACCAGGGUGGUUGCAGAUCAUAUUCUUUAUUUGUGUUUAUCUACCUUUUUACUUCUGUGUGUGCAUAUUUGGAUGUAUGUUAUAUGUAUGGUUUAUAUAUAUAUAUAUAUAUAUAUAUAUAUAUAUAUAUAUAUAUAAUGUGUGUGUGUGUGUGUGUGUGUGUGUAGUAUAAAUAUACAGUAUAUAUAAUUUUUCAACAUUUUAGGGGUUUGUAUUUUUUUUUAGUUUUAAAAUGCGAAUACAUCACAAAUUUCUUCUCAAUAAGAUGUUAUUGAUAUAUUUUUCUUAUGUAAACUGUCUCAAAUUUCUGUAUUUAUCUAUUGGUUCUUGUGUCUAACUAUUUAAUGAAAUGUUUGCUAAUGCAUUCAGGGUUUCCUUUUAGCCAAAAGGGAUAGUUUUCAUAUGUAGCAUCACUGCCACUUUAUAAAUGUAUUCAAUAUGUUGUCACAUUUAUUUGUGUAAUUUCCAAUUGGUAAAGGGGUCCUAGUCUUCCAUAACUUUCUCCUCCCUUUGUACAAUUCAUUUCUCAUUUUUUUUUAAACAUGAACACAAAAUGUGCCCCAAAAGUAACAAGCUUCUACAUAUAAAAUAACUCUAUCAGUUUACCUUGGUUACCUCAACCAUUUCACCGUGUUUUUUUUUUUUUGUGUGUCUAUUCAUACUUGUCUGAAGAAUUACAGUUGGUGAAACACUAAUCACAUCAGAGACUGAUAUUGAAAAUAGUGUAGGGUUUCUGCUUAGUUUUAUUCUCAGUAAGUUGAUACUUAAUAUUCUUCAUGUAAUCACUGUAAGGAUUCUAUUUAAUUAAAUUCUAAUCAAAAUUUAAUCAAUGAUAUUUCAAAUGAAAUAAUACUAUGAAAACAGUAACAGCAUUAUAAUAUAAAUAAAACAUGCUUUUUAUUAUCCUUUGAAAUCUCAUACUACUUCACAAUUUUAUUUUAACUUUUGGGCCUUAUGUGUGUGUCUAUCUGUGCAUGUAUGUUAGUAUAUAUGUAUGUUAAUGUGUAUGAUUAUGAUUUGUGAGGGCUACCUGUUCGGUUUCUCUCAUCUUUCAUGAUUUGGGGCUUGUUAAUCAAGUUGACUUUGUUGUCUAUUCAGGUUGUUGUUUACUUCUUUCUCUGUAUUGUUAUUUUUGUUAUUCAUAACACCAUAAAGUACCUUGUUAAUCUGAAUUGUGUUACCAUGAAAGGUACACUUGUUUGUCUUGACCCUCUCCUACCAUAAGGUGUACAGGGUGGGGGGCUCUCUUGAUGUUGAUCAGCUCGCAAGGCAGCAUAUUGUAUAGCACUGACUGAAAAGGUUGUGUGUGUUCUCCCUCCCCCCGCCCCUGCCAACCCCCCCUCACUUCACUAUGUUCUACACUUAAGUGAAGCAACCACUCAUGACACAAUUGAGUGUUUCUUAUUGUCUAAUUUUACCCAACUGACCCCUCUCUCUUCUUUCCAAGUUGAACUACAUUCACACACAGUGGAUACCAAUGACUGUAAAUAUAUAUUGAAAUAUCCAUGACUUGGAUCAUUUGAACUGUCUUUUGAUACAUUAUUCAUGGAAUUUUUAAUUCAACCAUUAUAGUUGAUAAAACAUGUUUGUCUUUACUGCUGGCAUCUUAUAUUCAAUAUCUGAUUGUCUUUAUCUUUGAGCUGCUAUGAUAUAUUUAUGACUUUGACUUAACUAUAUUGUACUAAAAUUGUGUGUGAUCUUUGAUUGAAGUAUCUGCUUAACAUUUGAGCUUGUGUCUGUGUAUGUGUAUGUAUGUGUGUGUGUGUGUGUGUGUGUGUGUGUGUGUGUGCUUAUACAUGUCAGCAUAUGUAAUUAAAUUCUUCUAUAAUGGUUUUCUCAUGAAUAUCCUCAAUAGUAAUUAUUAUGAUUAUUGCGAUUUAAUUUCUUCGACUAUGUGUAGGCAGUUCACCUGAGAAUGUUUGAGCCUGUUUGAUCUUUUGGUUGUAUACAGUGAUGCUAUCUUGAGUACUUCGUACAACCAUUAGAAAGUAGUUGACAUCUGUUAUAUUUUGAAAGAUCAUUACACAAAGUAGAAUGGUUAAGCUGAUAAUUGGAGAUAGUGAAUGUUUGAAUAUGUUUGAAAUAUGCUGAUGUUUCUCUUAAGUGGAAGUGAAAGCAUUGUUUUAGUUAUGUAGUUCCAACUUCAAAACUUUUUUUUUUUCAUCAGCUCAACAAAUUUUUGUAUUUAAUGUUGUAUUUUGGUUGUUUCAUCACAUUUCCUUAUAAAUUAAUAUUUGUAUUUGAAACAAAUUUUUUAUCUGUAUACUGUUGUUAUUCAUGUUGUUGCUGUUUUGUUUAAUUAACAAAGCUAACUUUGUGAUUUUGUCUUCAUAAAAGCAUUUUGAUUGCUGAAACUAAAAUUAAAUGUAAUUCUUGAUAGUCGUCUUCAAAUAAAAGAGGUGGGUAACUGUGCUCUGGCUGGUAAACAUUUUUAUUAAUUUUCAUUUGACAACUUUCUUACUAUUAACUUAGAAAAUACAUUUCAUUAUGCAUUAUUAAUUUGGAGUUAAUUGAUAAAGUAAAUGUUAAGACAAGCUUCAAUUUGAGGUGAUAAUUUUGUUACAUCUACUGACAGAUGGAGGUGUCAUUUAUGGUUGCCACUUAACUGACUUUAUGAUGGAUAAUGUGGGACGCAAAAUUACACUUCUACCCACAAUGUAACAUUUAAGCCAUGCUAGCAUGGAAAACCAAAUUAUUCAUGUGUUUUUCCAGCUUUAAUUCAUAGUUAUAUAUCUUUUUUUUUUUUUUGUUUUUGUUUUGAACUUCAAUAUAAACAUGAUGUAAUUAUUUUCUGAGAACUUGGAACUUUUAAAAGAUAUAUAUACCAUUUUUUAAAAUGUAAAAUACAUGAAUAUAUUUAUGUAACUAUUAACUUUCAGUCUCUUACUGAAUAAGUAUUAGAAAUAUUAAAAAGCCUUUUUUUUUUUUUUUCUUUCAAAGUAUAUAUGAUUAUUUGUGUUUAUAUUGAAUCUUUUAAUGUUUAUAAAUGAAUAAAAUAAGAGAAACCUUAAAAAUUUGA